AUACACCCAUAAAUAGGCCAGCCUUGGAGGCAGGCCAGUCUGGGGACAGCUGGUCCUGGAGGCAGGUUUGUUCCGGACUGGGUGAGGCUGGGGGAUGUGCAGCAUCGUGCAGGGUGCAACCUCGGGUCUCUAUGAGUGCGUGUGGCUGGUGCUUGACUCAUCUGAGGGUGGGGCUGACCUCCAAGACCCACGACUGCCUCUAAGCCUGGCUACAGAUGGAUCUGGGGACCUGUAGUGUCUGCGUGUCUGAGCAUGAGGUUGGAUCCCAGCUGUGUGUGGGGGCUCAGAACCAGGCUGCCAAGGACUGGGUAGCUCCAAGAAAGGGAAGGUAUAGUGGGGCAUUCCCACGAGGUGGGCUGAGCCCUGUGUCCACUGAUGCUAGUUAGAUGUGGAGCAAAGCUGCUGGGCACGAUGGCCCUCACGCCACUGCGCCAGGACAGGUCAUAAGGGAGGCAUAGGUGAGGGACAGGAGUAUGUGCAGGACAGUAUAUGUGUGCGUGUCUGUACACCCAUGCUGGUGUCUAUAAAACCUGGGUUCCAUGUCUCUGCACCCAUAGGCUAAGAGAGACUGUCAGGGUUCACUGUACAAGUGCCUGGAACACAGCAAGCACUCAAUAAGAUUGUGGCGUGGGUAUCCAGCUUUAUGCCCUAGGAUGGUUUCACAGACCUAGCCUGUUUCACAGCUGCUUGGUCUGUCUGUCUGUCUGUCUGUCUGUCUGUCUGUCUGUUUCUCCUGCCUGCUGUGGUCUGCUCUUCACGCUGGCUGUGGUGUCCAGCCUUGGGCAAUGAGGCUUCAGAGAGCCCAUGGAGAUACCAAGCCCUGUGAAGGGUGCAUUUGGGGGGGUGCCGAUCCAAUCCGAGUCCUUUCUUCCUUGUGGCCUCAGUAAAGUGGUCUUGAUUUUCUGAGCUCCUGAGAUUCCCCAAUCCCACUAAUUGGCUCAGAUGCAUGGCCUCAAAGCAGGUACCUAGUGGGUGUUUGCUGAAUGGCUGAAUGAAUGACUGUAGAUCUUGAUUCGUGGCCAUGAGAUGUGGGCAGCAAAGGCCUCACUACGGUUUGGUUCCAGCCACUUUUGAUGUGGCUGUUACUGCUGCGUGGAGCCUGUGACCCCAUUCCCUUCCAGUGCGAGGCAGAAGCGUUCCUGGAGACAUGGCAGAGCCGCACAGUGCACCAGAGCAGGCUGCAGCUGGCAAGAGCCAUGGAGGCCUUGGGGGCAGCUACAAGGUGACUGUGUACGAGUUGGAGAACUUCCAGGGCAAGCGAUGUGAGCUCUCGGCCGAGUGUCCCAACCUCACUGACAGCCUGCUGGAGAAGGUGGGCUCCAUCCAAGUGGAGUCUGGACCGUGGUUGGCGUUCGAGCGCAGGGCCUUCCGUGGGGAACAGUUUGUUCUCGAGAAGGGGGACUACCCACGCUGGGAUGCCUGGUCCAGCAGCCGACGUAAUGACAUUCUCCUGUCCCUCCGGCCUUUGCACAUCGAUGGCCCAGACCACAAGCUGCACCUGUUUGAGAACCCAGCCUUCAGUGGGCGCAAGAUGGAGAUCGUGGAUGACGAUGUGCCCAGCCUGUGGGCCCAUGGCUUCCAGGACCGUGUGGCCAGCAUCCGAGUCAUCAACGGGACGUGGGUGGGCUACGAGUUCCCUGGCUACCGCGGACGCCAGUACGUGUUAGAGCGCGGCGAGUUCCGCCACUGGAAUGAGUGGGAUGCCAACCAGCCGCAGCUACAGUCAGUGCGCCGCAUCCGCGACCAGAAAUGGCACAAGCGCGGCUGCUUCCUGAGCAGCUGAGGAUACG